CCAUGCCCUUUCAGUUCACAUUACAGAAACUCUCAAAGGAAAAUAGCAUCAUUUGUCUCUCUAUACGAAUUCAAAGCACACACCAUGGCCAAAUCAACUGGUUCACUUGUUUUUCUUUUUAUAUUUCCUCUGCUGUGCAACAACUUGGGAGGGCAUGUGAAGUUUGCUUAUGGAUUGGUGAAAACUCAUGAGCUUAAUCGAGAAGCCCAGAAGAGUUGGUGUGUGGCAAAAGCUUCAUCGAGUGAUUCUACACUGCAGAAUAACAUUGAAUAUGCUUGCAGCAUCUUGGGUGAUUGCAAGAUGAUCCAGCCAGGUGGAUCCUGCUUCGACCCCAACAAUCUCUUCAACCAUGCUUCUGUUGUCAUGAAUCAGUACUAUGCAUUCAGCGGUGGAAAUGGUUGGAAUUGUUACUUCUCAGGAUCUGGUCUCAUAGUUGUCAGUGACCCAAGUUACGAUAACUGCAAGUAUGCUUAGAGGGAAUAAACCUGAAGAAGAUAUAUAUUUUUACUCUAUAGGAUAUGUUUGAUUUCAGAAGUUUAUUAGUGUAGGUGCUGUUAUGAAUAGGAAGUUCAUUAUUCAGUACUGUGAUCUUUCUAUAUUUCACUAAGUAUAUCAAUGAAAAGUACAAUGAUUCAGUUAUGAGGUUA